CGUCUGGUCAAUCGCAGGCGGUGGCGGCGCAUGCGCAGUGUUCCCGCAGCACACCCCCGCCCGCCACCCCCCCCCCCCCCCCAAGCCCGUCUCCCUCCGCCCUAUAUAAGGCGGGCGCGGCGGGGCUCCCGGCUCCGCAGUGUGCGUGGGCGGGCGCGGAGGCUCCGCGGAGACCCGCGCGGCCUCCUCCUUCCGUCCCUCCCUUCCCUUCAGCCCGGCCCAGCGCCCCCGCUGCUGCUGCCGCCAUGAGUUCGGGGACCCCCUACAUCGGCAGCAAGAUCAGCCUGAUCUCCAAGGCGCAGAUCCGCUAUGAGGGCAUCCUCUACACCAUCGACACCGAGAACUCCACCGUGGCGCUGGCCAAGGUGAGAUCCUUUGGUACUGAAGACCGACCCACAGACAGACCUGCUCCUCCCAGAGAAGAGAUCUAUGAAUACAUUAUUUUUCGAGGAAGUGACAUCAAAGACAUCACUGUCUGUGAACCUCCAAAAGCCCAACAUACUCUACCACAAGAUCCUGCCAUUGUUCAAUCUUCACUGGGCUCUGCCUCUACAUCAUCCUUUCAGCCACAUGUGCCUUACAGCCCGUUUAGAGGUAUGCCACCUUACAGCCAGCUUGCUGCCAGCUCUUUACUUAGCCAGCAGUAUGCAGCUUCCUUAGGUUUAGAGAAAUUGGUAAGCCCUCCAGCAUCAGCAGCUGCUUCCAGCCCUAGUUCUUCUCCGUCUCCACAACCUGUUUCAGAGCCUGACAUGUCUUCAGAGCCCCAUCAGCUCUCUUCCAAGGGUGCUGGCUUUCCUCCUGUUCACCCAGUCCGGAAAAGCCCCAUGGUAGAGCAGGCUGUUCAGACUGGCCCAGUUGACAACAUGAACUCUCAAAAGCCACCCCCAGUGAAAGUCACUCCCGGGGUUCCACGCAACGGGCGGCAGGUGCCCCAGAGCAGCAGCAAGACAGGGGUAGAUCCAGUCCAGACAGCACCUGUGCCAGCCCAGGGACAGGUGAAUGAUGAGAACAGAAGACCUCAGAGGAGAAGAUCUGGGAACAGGAGAACCAGAAACCGUUCGAGAGGACAAAACAGACCAACUACUGUAAAGGAGAAUACCAUAAAGUUUGAAGGUGACUUUGACUUUGAAAGUGCAAAUGCACAAUUCAACAGAGAGGAACUUGAUAAAGAAUUCAAGAAGAAACUAAACUUUAAAGAUGACAAAGCAGAGACGGGGGAAGAAAAAGGGGACCCUGGAGUGGCACCUCAAAACAAUGACAGUAAUGCAGAGGAGGACCUUCUGGGACCCAACUGCUAUUAUGAUAAAUCCAAGUCUUUCUUUGACAACAUUUCUUCAGAACUGAAAUCCAGUUCCAGGCGUACCACAUGGGCUGAAGAGAGGAAGCUCAACACAGAGACAUUUGGGGUAUCCGGGCGCUUCCUCCGCGGCCGCAGCUUUCGUGGUGGAUUCCGAGGUGGAAGGGGUAAUGGAGCAGCAAGGAGAAACCAAACCACUCACAGAGCUGGUACUGGCAGAGUGUAACUUCAAAGGUUCUAACAUCUCCCCUGAGAGGAUGAAACUGUAUAUAGAAAGAAAACAACCAACUGCUGCACUAAUGUGGGAAAAUGGUUCAUAUUGUUUACUGUCUCAGCUCAAGUGACAGAACUUCAUGUACUACUGCUUAUAUUCUGGACUUAUUUUGGACCAGCAGCUGUCAGCUGGAAUAUUCUUUGGAAGAGGGAAUGUGUUCAGGGGUACCUUCUUCAGGGUGUCUUUUUUUGUUUGUGUGUUUUGUUUUCUUUUUUAAGUGCAGACUAACUUACAUGGUUCUUCUUUCUGGGUUUCUCAAAGGCUGCUAUAGUCUAAGCUUGAAGUCAGACUCCUUUUCUGAACCCUGAAGAAGAUAAAUCACGCUGUUUUAACAUGGAACCAAAGCUCACUUGAAAUAAACCAGCUAUAAUUUGUUUGUUCUGAGUAACCAAAUGGAUUCUUUGGUGCUGCUGGUUUCACUGUUCUCAGCAGCAGGUGUGAAGUUGCACUUGGUAUCUGGAAGAAUGGAUUCCUGGUGCUGAGGAGCUAUGUAUAUUGUCACUUGGGAAUACUGGAUUGUUGAUCAUGUAGUAGUGUAAAUGACUGUACAACUGUUUGUUGGCUGGUACUGAUGGGGAGGUACUACAGGUUUACACAGAACUGUGACUCUCCCUGGAGCUGAAGGGUUCUGGGUGUUCCUCAGAGGCUUUGGAGCUCCUUACUGGGUCAGGGCAGUGUGGGGGGCAGCGUGCUGUGCCCUCAGCAGGACAGGAGCAGCAGCAAGUGGCUGCUCCCGUGUUCAGAAUAAAGAGAUUUUGGCAGUAAGUGACUGUCUGAGAAAGAGCUGAAGCUCUGACUUUAUUGCCUGAAUUUGUACCUUGCUCACAAUUAGUACCAAACACAAACAGUUCUCUGUACACAAGUAGAUGUGGUGGAACACUAUGGAAUGUUUUCAUUAAACUAGGGAUGGGAGUCCAUGUAAUGAAGUUUAACAGAUGGGCAUGUUUAAUUUGUUUCCUCUAUACCCCCCCCAUACUGUAAAUAGUUUAGUUGUUUUUCUUUUUGUUUUUAAAACUCUGUAUGUGGGGAGAGGGGCUGGGGGGGUUACAUUUCUUUGCAUGAAUAAGUGGGUUAAAUUGCUAUAGGCAUGUGUCCCUUUUUUGGUUGGUAGGGAAUUCUGUUGAAAAAGCACCUUGAUGACUGAACCCCUUACAUUGCUAGAAUUUUUUAGUUAUGCAUUGACCUAGGUUACUGUAAAAGCUUGGAUUUAUUUUUGUAGGACUUUAUUGCUAAGAAUUAGAACAUAGCAGUGGGGCUGCUCUUUGGAGUAAUGUAAAUUGUAAUUAUAAUAAACAUGUAAAUGUUUAA